AUGAUACAUCAGCACCGAUGGCAUAGCGCGUUUGGUAUCCCAUGCUCUCAGAAACGGUCAUUCAGUGAUGCGGAGCUGCAGCAACGCUACGAAAAACACCAUGAACAGAAGGAACAUGAUUUGAAUACCUGGGUGGCAUGUCUAGACGCCCUCAAUUCCAAAAUUGAGUUGCUGGACAAAGAGAGAAAGGAUUUGAGAGGAAAACUUACAGAAAAGCAGUACCGUCUGUUUUUAAGCAAAUAUACUGGACGCGGUGAAGGUUACACCCCGGGAGAAAGCACUCGUGCCACAUCGGGCGAGGCAGGGGAAAGUGCGAGCACGAGCCAAUCAUCUGCUGCGGCUGGACCUACGCCAGGUGGCAGUGGUUCCCUGAAGGCAUUGCAGCGGAAAAUGGCUCGACUAAGGCGAGAAGUAGCACUGGCUUUGAAACGGGACUCUUGUCUUCGGAAGAUGGUGCGGUCUCAUGAAGAGAAACGCUCACAAGAUUCCUCGGGGGAAAUGUCUGAACGGGAACGAGUUCGUGCUGCCCGUGUCUCGGAAAAAUGGGAGGCUCGACUGGCACAACUCAAAGCUAAAUCCGCCGAGGCGACCGCGAUAUACGCCUCCCUCCGUGAAAGAAUGAGAUCACUUAAGCAACAGAAAGCGGAAAUGCUUAAGGAUCCUCACACCGCUAAGCGACCGCACCGAAGACGGACAGGUGACGGCGAGACUCUGAGAGGCUCUGAGAAUGCUCGAAAUCGCUUCCAGCGAUAUGGUAUUAUCGUCGAGGACAAUGAUGCGCAGAAAUCGUGGCGUACACGUCCUUCCUGCGCCAAUUUGAGCCAACGCACGAGUGGUAAGUCUGCUGCAGGGGGCUUGCUGCCUGGUCCGACCACGCGCCAUGUGCAACUUACUGGGAGACCAUACGCAGCCCAUCCACCUCAGAAGCCAUACCGAAAACAACGUUGCGUUUCUCUCUGA